AUGGCACCGCAUCAAACACCAAAGACCAAGAAACAAACGCAAAAUGCUUCGACCCCCAGAGACGCCGACGAAAUGGGCCCGACAAGCGCUGUGGAAGAACCGCGGCUGCCGCUUGGCUCGCAGCCCUCUGAAACCUACGAAAAGGCCCAGGAAGACGAACGCGAAGUCCUGAAGGCCGUCUUCAUGGACGACUACGUAGAAUCAGAAGCCAAGGGUGCAUGGAGUAAAACUACUGACCGCGUGUUGCGGUUGAAACUCACAUCGUUCUCUGACGAGAACAUCUUUGUCACGCUUUGCGCAAAACUCACAGCUACUUACCCCAAGUCGCUGCCUACGCUGACACUCGAGGAUUGCAGCAGCUUGAGGAAAACCACCUGGGAUAAGCUCUAUGCCCUGCUCAAAAACCGACCUCAAGAGCUAGUCGGUGAAGUUAUGAUGUACGACAUAGCGACCACCAUUCAAGAAAUACUCGAGGACGAGAUUGCAGUGCGCGAAACUGAUGGCACCUACGAAAAUCUAGACGCUGAACGAGCCAUGCAAGAAGCGGCCGCAGCCGAGCAGUUGCGCCAGCAAGAAGCCGAGAUGCAACGAAAACGAGAUGAAGAAAAGGCCGAGGAGGACCGUCUCUUGCAGCAAAUGGUUGGUGAUGAGAUGCGCAGAAAAGACAUGCUGGCGAAGCGCAAGAAGAACCGCGCGUCAGUCAUGACCCCACCCCCGGAUUUUCCUAGUGGGGAUAGUGCCAACUAUAUCUCAUUUGACAGGACCGUCUCGUUUCAGCACGAGGAAACUACCAUACAGUGCAGUGCAGUCGAGAACCCGCUUCCCUUCCGUUCUGGGCCUCUCACCGAAGAACUCUUAGUCAAGCCAAUGGGGGCGCCGAUAGGACUCACGUUGGUAUUGAAGCGUGUACGUGUGUCUAGCGGAGACGCGGCUGCCGAUCCGGAAUUGAAGAAAGCCAUCAUGGAGUUUGAAGAAGAAAUGGAGGAAGUCAAACGGUUACGACAAUCUGCUAUAAUGGCGGUACUGGACUUCAAAAUGGAGCACUUGCCCGAUUCUGGAUGGGAGAUUAGCAUUUUGAUGGAGCACGCCGACAGAGGUUCAUUGGGCGAGAAGCUUGCCGACGACGGGCCGCUUCCAGUUGCCAGAGUUCGUUCCUGGACCAUUGAGCUCCUAGAAGCACUGGACUUCUACCAUCGCAACGGUAUGGUGCACAAGCGCCUUCACCCCCAUAAUAUCCUGCUCAAGAGAUCUUCGAGCAGCGGCAUCACAGUGCACCUGGCCGACGCUAGCUUCCAAGACUCCUUAUAUCGUCUGCAAAGCUUCUGCAGAGGUGGUCAUCCAAUCAAAUACUCACGCUCGUUUUAUUGGAUCGCCCCUGAGCUACCCCAGGGUUUGCUGCACACCCGCAAAACAGACAUAUGGGACUUGGGGGUCGUUUUCCUCCAGAUGCUGUUUGGCCUCGAUGCACCUGAGAAAUACAACUCGCCAAAAGAAUUAUCGGAUAUUGUUGGCUGCUCAGAGCCGUUGCAGGAGGUCCUACGCAAAUUUUUCAAGCCGGAUCCUAAGAAACGACACACCGCUUUUGACAUUAUCCCGUCUGAAUUUCUGCGCGACGACGUUGAUGUCUAUGAACGACCUAUUACGCCCGUGCGAUCUAGGAAUUCCUCAACCUCAUUGGGCCGGUACAGACUAAGGCGCGAGUCUUCAUCUGGCAUGGUCCAGACAUAUUCGCGAUAUGCGAACGAUUGGGUCGAACAAGGCCGGCUGGGAAAGGGCGGAUAUGGUGAGGUUGUAAAAGCACGCAACAAAGUCGAUGGUCGGCUUUACGCAAUCAAAAAGAUUAAGCAGAAGUCUGCUGCAGCAUUGAGUGAGGUUCUCUCCGAGGUCAUGCUCCUAUCACGGCUCAACCACAGCUGUGUAGUGCGUUAUUACACGGCAUGGCCAGAAUCUGAAGCGGACCACGAUAUCGAUGAUGAUGACGAUGACGAGUCUGAAUCAUCAGAUAGUGAUGACUCCGGUUGGGGCUCAGACGUUUCCCCGGGUACUACAACUGACGGUGGCGGCUAUGGCAAGAGCACUGGUGGGCUGGAUUUUAUCAGCUCCAGCGGAUAUCCCAAGAUUGAAUUUGGAUCAGACACAGAUUCGGAAGAGGACGUUGGUGCCGUCAUCUUCGGAUCAGACUCAGAAAACGAAUCGCGUUCCGCCAGCGUUGGCCGUAUCUCACCAUCAAUCAAGAAGCGUGCCAUGUCCGACUCCUACCCGGCGAAGUCAAGGUCGAUCUUAUACAUCCAGAUGGAAUUCUGUGAGAAGCAGACACUUCGUGACUUGAUCCGUGGAGGGUUGUACGAUGACCCAGAAGAGUACUGGAGACUGUUCCGGCAGAUUCUUGAGGGUCUCGCCCACAUCCAUGGACAUGGUAUCAUUCACCGAGAUCUAAAGCCAGACAAUGUUUUCAUUGACUUGGCCAAAAUUCCUAAAAUUGGCGACUUUGGACUAGCAACAAGCGGGCAAUAUCAAAGACCUGAUACAAAAUCUUCUGGAGACCACCAGAAUACCGGUGACAUGACCAGGAGCGUUGGCACAACGCUUUAUGUCGCUCCGGAGCUAAGUUCGAGUGUCACUGGCGACUACAACAACAAAGUGGACAUGUAUUCCAUGGGAAUCAUCUUUUUUGAGAUGUGCUUCCCUCUAAGGACUGCCAUGGAGAGGGACAAGGUGAUCCGGUCAUUACGCGAGCGGAAACAUGAUCUUCCACCAGAAUUCGAAACCUCCGAGAAGGCGCUCCAUGGAAACAUUAUCAAGUCUCUCAUCAGCCACCGACCGUCGGAAAGGCCUAGCUGUAUCGAGCUCUUGAGGAGUGGCAAGGUCCCUGCUCAGAUGGAGGAUGAGGCUGUUAAGGAGGCUCUCAAAGCCCUCUCUGAUCGCAACUCCCCUCAUUAUGCAAAGAUGAUGGCAGCCCUCUUCUCGCAGAAGCCUGACACGCAAGCAAAGGACUAUGCUUGGGACCUCAGUGACGAGAAUCAGACGAUCAAAGUCAACGAUGUGCUUCUACAGAACCUCGUCAGGGACAGAUUAGCCAUGAUAUUCCGUAGCCAUGGUGCCGUGGAGAUCCAGCGCCAAGUAUUGCUUCCGUGGUCUGAUCACUAUGCAAACAGUAGCGUUGUGAAACUCUUCGAUCCUUCUGGGACCCUCGUUCAACUUCCUUACGACCUUACAUUGCCGUAUGCGCGUAGUAUCGGUCGAGGUGGAGCUUUCCUCGAGAAAUCAUUUACGAUCGGUCAAGUUUACCGAGAGAACUACAUUGGAAGUACUCCGCGUAGUAACGGUGAGGCAGACUUUGACAUCGUUUCGUAUGAUGCCAUUGAUCUAGCUCUCAAGGAAUCCGAGGUACUCAAGGUCGUCGAUGAGAUUAUCGACGAGUUUCCUUCGUUCCGAUCUACACCAAUGUGCUUUCACCUCAACCAUUCUGAUCUUCUAGAAAUCAUCAUGGAAUUCUGCAGGAUUCCCGCACCAAAGCGCACGGCGGUGAAAGCCGUCCUCAGCAAACUCAACAUUCUCAAGAGCAACUGGCACUCCAUUCGCAACGAGUUACGUUCUUCCGACAUUGGCAUCGCAUCAACAUCGCUGGAUGACCUAGCAAGGUUUGAUUGGCGCGACACACCAGAAAAGGCUUUUGCGAAGCUGCGGCGACUCUUUGAAGGCACAAAGUAUCUUGAGCGAACGCACGAGAUAUUCCGCCAUCUCUCGUCAGUCAUGAAUUACAUGAAACUAUGGAACGUCAAGCGCAAGGUCUACAUCAGUGUCUUGAGCAGCUUCAACGAAAAUUUCUAUUCUGGCGGUAUCCUCUUCCAGUGUCUAUUCGACACGAAGCAGCGAGAAGUUCUUGCGGCGGGAGGAAGAUACGACAAGUUGAUUGAAGAAUACCGACCAACUGGCUCCAGUCAUGCACAUCCAGUAGCUACACACCAUGCGGUUGGAGUUAACCUAGGAUGGGAUAGGUUGGUCAAUUCGAUGGCUCGGUACAUCAAGAAGCCAGAAAAGACGUUUUCGAAGAAACAAACCGAGGAACACACUCCGAUCGUCUCGUGGAUGCCUCGACGUUGCGAUUGUCUAGUUGCCAGUUUCGACCCUAGUGUCCUCCGAACCACAGGCAUCAAAAUGGUGGCAGACCUAAUAUCUCAUGGUUAUACCGCCGAGCUCGCAAUUGACGCGCAUUCCAUAGAGGAUAUACUCCGUCACUACCGAGAUGACAGACACAGUUGGAUCAUUGUUAUCAAGCAUGGUGUUGCGCCGGAUAAACCCGAGCUUAAAGUUAAAUCCACUGCCAAAAAAGAAGACACGGAUAUGCGCACUGCCGAUCUCCUUAAUUACCUACGCAACGAAUUUCGAGAUCGAGAAGAACGCGAAGGCAUGGCGGCUCGUCUCACCAAAGCCCCACCCCCAACUCUCAGCCAAAAGACCAACGCUUCAAAAGCCAAUGUCGAUGUCCUCAUCGCCCAACACCGUUCCAAGAAGUCCAGCAAGUGGUCCAUUGUUGAAGCUGCACAAUCCCACUCAGCAGAUCUUCUCUCUGCAUUCCAGUCUGCGCCAAUUGCCGCCAUCGAAUCCAAGGACGAGGUCAUGAACCUCAUCAAGGAGACUAGACUCAGUGAUGCAGAAUCGUGGCGGCAUUUUAUCCAAAAGAUGCCGCUGGCGGAACGAAAGUAUCUGCAAGACUUGCAUGAUCUGCUAUUGGGAUAUCGAACAAAGUGGCUAGAGGGAAAGGCUAAUGCAAAUGGAGAAGAACCCGUAGGCAAGGCUUUCGUCUACAAUUUCCGCACUGGUGGUUGUCUGUUAUAUGAUUUGGAGAGUUGA